AGUGGAUAAAUGGCAGGCAAAAAGCGUGAAGUCCAGUUGCAGGCAGUCAUCAAUAAUCAAAGCCUAUGGGAUGAGAUGUUGCAGAACAAAGGUCUAACAGUGAUCGAUGUUUACCAAGCCUGGUGUGGACCUUGCAAAGCAAUGCAAACUUUAUUCAGAAAAUUGAAAAAUGAGCUGAAUGAAGACGAAAUUCUGCAUUUUGUUGUAGCAGAGGCUGACAACAUUGUGACUUUGCAGCCAUUUAGAGAUAAAUGUGAACCUAUUUUUCUUUUCUUUAUAGAAUGGCAAAUUAUUGCAAAGAUUGAGGGUGCAAAUGCACCACUUGUUAAUAAAAAAAUUAUUAGCUUGAUCAAUGAGGAGAGAAACAUUGCAGCAGGUAAAAUGGUUCGCCCUCAGUAUCAUGAAAUUGCAUUUGUAGACUCAGAUGCAGAAGAUACUGGGGAAGCAUCCAAUGAAAAUGUUGACAAAGUGCGCAAUAUUGUCAUUAUCAAACCCGAGGCUAUGGUUACUGGGAAGACUAUAGAAAUUAAAGAAAAAAUUAUCAAUGGAGGAUUUGUCAUAGAAGCAGAAGAUACAAGAGUGCUCACUGAAACGGAAGUGAGGGACUUCUAUAGUCAAAUAGUAGACCAGCCUGAAUUUGAAGAUUUUGUCCCUUCAAUGACAAAUGGCCUAAGCUAUAUUCUAGUUAUAUCUCAAGACAAUAAACAAGAACUUCCCCAUGAAGAAAAUGUACCUAAUCCUGAGACUGAACAUAAAGAACCAUCUGAGGAUCAGCAUGAGAUGGCCACACCUACAGUGAUGAAAAAGAAGUGGGACAGUUUACAAGAAUAUCUGGAAAGACAAGAUAUAUCUCAAUUUUGUGAUGUUGAAGAGAAUGUAGAUAAUGUUAAUAAGCUUAUUGAUAUCUUCUUUCCUGAUUUUAAAAGUAUGACAAGCUUAAAGUUAGAAAGGAUACUGGCAUUACUUCGACCAGAUCUCUUUCGAGAAAAGGGAGAGGAUGUCUUGAAUAUUAUUCAAGAUGAAGGUUUUAAAAUAUUGAUGCAGAGACAAAUAGUAUUAUCAAAAGAAGAGGCACAGACACUUUGCAAGGAAUAUGAAAAUGAAGAUUAUUUUGGAAAUCUUAUAGAAAACAUGACCAGUGGUCCAUCUCUAGCACUUGUUUUAUUAAGAGAAAAUGGUUUACAACACUGGAAAAAGUUAAUUGGACCAAGCACUGUUGAAGAAGCAAAAGACAACCUUCCAGAGAGUUUAUGCAUACAAUUUGCAACAGAAAGUUUGCCUAUCAAUCAGUUGUAUGGAAGUGACUCAUUAGAAGCUGCUGAAAGGGAAAUACAGCAUUUCUUUCCUCUUCAAAGCACUUUAGCACUGAUUAAACCUCAUGUAACACAUGAACAAAGAGAGGAUAUCUUCAACCUUAUCAAAGAGGCUGGAUUUGAUAUAACACAGAUGAAGGAAAUGCUACUAAUCAAAGAGCAAGCAGACAAAAUUUAUUUUAAAAUUGUAAAAAAAGACUUUUAUAAAGAUGUACUGGAAAUGCUGUCUGAGGGUCCAUCUUUGGUCAUGGUUCUGACCAAGUGGAAUGCUGCUGCAGAAUGGAGACGAUUGAUGGGUCCCACAGACCCAGAUGAAGCAAAACUAUUGUCCCCAGACUCCAUCCGAGCCAGAUUUGGAAGAAGUGUUUUGAGAAAUGCUGUACAUGGAUCAUCUAAUUCCUAUGAAGCAAUGGAGACAAUUAACAAAGUGUUUGAAAAUUUUGUUCCUGCAAAUACUGAGGCAAACUAAAGCACAGCACCUCUUUAGCAAUUGUUAUUUCCUUUUCUUUGGUUGUUAUAGUGAUCCUGUCUAGGACAAGAUUGUUCUGAGCAGAACAUUCCCCAUGUUCCUGUGUUAAAUGAUUUCCUGCCAGACAAUAAUAUUACACUGUUCCAUAGCAGCCUUGAAGCCUCAAAGUCAAGUCUUAUAGGUGUCAGGGACCUGGGACAUAGUAAGGCAAGCAAGAUACGCUUGGGUUUGAAAGCCUUGGUCCCAAAAUCUUUGUGCUGUCAUGACAGUUUCAUGAAGUCCCUCUCCUUGAGUCCUCUUCAUUUCUUCUCUUUGAAUUGCCAAGGUCUCAUUCAGCAACCUCAACUCAACUCACUAAGUAGUUGAGAACCUGGAACCUAUUAGCUACUUGUGGGUGAUAUAUGAUAAUAGAAUAUUAAAAGUCAUAAAGCAAAAGGCAGUCAUUUGUAUUCCUUGGCAAAUAGGUAUUUAUUUGGAGAGAGAUAUUAGUGCAAUAUGCAUGUAAAUUGAGCCUGCUUAGUUGUUGAGAGAUAACUUGAACACUUUUUAAUCCUGGGCAAUGUGGGAGAUAGAGUGUAAAACAGGUGACUUUUCCCAUUAAACCUCCUUUCCUUCUUUAUUUUCAAAUGGAAGUCUCACAAAUGUACACAUGUAUGGCCCUGAGUGCAGUCUUGAAUAUGACUGUACAGACUCUUCACAUGUGCAGCGUUGUCCCCAGCCAAAUUAAAAAUCCAUUUCCUGAGCAUAAUGAGAAAACAAUGUGAAAUGGAGAAACCCCUCCACACCCAUCCAGGUUCCUCAGGAAGAGAAGAGUACAUUGUUCCCUUAAUAUUGUCAUUUAGGCUAUGAUUUCUCCACCCAUAAGAACAUUAUAUCAAAAAUUUAAAUGCAAAAAUAAAAGUGAAUUCUGGCAUAGUACUGCUCUUCCCAUACAUUUAUUCAAUUAUAGACCAAAGCAUCAUUGUACAACCUAUAAACAUUUAUGUUGGAAAAAUAUGUAUUAUAUAUCUGUUUGAACUGUGGGUUUUGGUUAAUAGAAAACUGGUUGAAUGAAGGUUUUUGCCUUUGGGGAGAUGCAAAUAUAGUGGAGAGAGAAAACUCACAAAAACAAUAAUUAUAGCCAACAUAAGACAGCAUAUUAUUAGGCAUAUCAGUGAUGAAUAACAGGUUGGGGGGGUAGUGGAAUUGCAUUGUGUUAAUAGCAUCUAUGAGCAACAUGGUAUAGAUCUAUCCUAACAUUUGCAUACCCAUCCCUUUUUUUUUUUUUUGAUGAGGGAAGCAUUAUGAAUAGUAUCAGGCACUUCAGAUGCGUGUAUAAUUCAGUACCAAAUUGACAAAUGUAUAUUUGAUGGGUAGGGGUUUGAGGAGGUAAGAAAUGAAGUAGAGCUUGAAUAAAGGGUACAGUUUUCAAAAUCAGGAGUAAGGAAGCAA